AUGUUAGGGAGUCUCCUGAGUCGCGCCCUCCACAAGUAUCUCAGCAGCUACGUCGAAGAAGUUAGUGCCGGAGAAGUGUCGCUUUGGGGCGGCGACGUUGUUCUGCGAGAUCUCCAGCUGAAACCUGACAUCUUGGAAAGGUUCGGAGGACUUGCAUCCGAUCAGCUCGAGCUGGUGUAUGGUGGAAUCAAGGAGUGCCGGCUCUCCAUUCCAUGGCAGAGCCUACGAACAGAUAACGUUGUAAUUCACCUUGAUCUGAUACAAAUAAUUCUGCGUCGUCGACGCAGGGUUCUCCAAGCGCCUUCUCGAUGCCCGCGACCCGGAUGCGCCCCUCCUCGGGCAGACACCUCCAGUUCCCAAAACGGAGCACUGACGUUGCAACCGGAAGGCCACGAUGAGGUGUUUCUAAACGGCCUUUCGCCAGCGUCGGAAGGGGAUCAAAACCCGACGAUUCCUUCGCCGAAAACGAGUCCCGGCGGAUGCGUGGGAAGACGGGGAUCGGAGACGGAGAGGGUGUCGCCUCCAGUUACGUCUCCUGGCGCUAUUCACCUCAGUCGUCCGGCUGAUUCCUCUUCUUCGUGUUCAGCCUCUGGCUUGCCAUCUGGUCGCUUAUCCUUUGCUUCUUCGUCGUCUGCAUCAGUGUCUAAGAAAUCUAUAGGGGGUAGUGACACAUGGGCAAAGUCCAUAUGGGCGUCGAUUUUAUCUAACACCGCCAUACGUAUUAGCAAUGCUGUGAUUCGUUAUGAUGACGGGCCACACAGUGCGUCGUUGUCUGUGGGGUUGCUCGUGCUUCGGCCGAGCGACAAGCCCGCGAAUCCCCUACCGCUUUGGUUACCUGCCCUCCCCGCAUCGAUCAGAAAUCCUGGCGGAGCCUCUGAACGGCUUAACCAGCAAGAGACACCCACCCAGCCAGUGAAUCAAUCGGGAACACUACAUCCGCUCUUGGUACUUCUUAAACUUCAGCAGCCUGCUUCCACUUCUGGUUUCUCCCGCAAUAACUCAGCAGAGGAGGCACGGCUCGCAGACGGAAGCAAAAGUGGAAGUGCUGAGGGAUUCACACACGAGCACACGGCGCCCGCACAUGAAAAUCGUGUUUUGCAUCGGCUGUGCCGAGUUCGAGACCUCACACUAUGUGUACAAACCCAGGAAUCACCGACGGCCACUCAGGAGUCGUAUUGUGGCCACCAGUGGUCCACUACAUCACCUCGGCGUUGCCGCGGCACCAGGAGCGCGGGAACCUCGUCGUCCUUCGUGGGAGAGUCUGCUGCAUCCGCGGUUCGUCUUCCGCCUAUGGGCGCUUCAACAGAUCUCGGUGCCCAGCAAAUUGCCGGAGGCCUGCCAGCUCCGCCUUCCUCACUGAAAAUUCCGUGGCCUGAUGUGGAUACACCCAGUCGAGCCGUGUCGUCAGAAAAGCUAAUCGGAGAAGCGACACUCUCUCGAGAUACUUCAAAUGAUUUAUCUGUCUCGUCGCUCCCCGUAUUUUGUCGUGUGAUGAGACGGUCAACGACCACGCCCCGUUUAUCCGCUUGCCCUUCGCCCGAUUCGCCACACGCAGGCGCCUGCCCGACACCGGCAGCUGCUCGAUCGCCGCUCGUAUCUCCCAGUGGUUCUCAUGCCGCUGCGGCUGGUGGUAAUGAUCCUGGUAGAGAUGAACAGCUCCGGUAUUCCGUGUCUUUGUCGCCGUCCGUGCCUUCCCUACAGCCGUCUGGGCCAGCCAGCCUGAAAGGUAUAAGGCUGAUGACAGGGUUUCGAAUGCCUCAGCCAGCCAGCAAAACGGAUGAAGCGGAUAGCGGUGCCCCCUCACAAGGUGCGGAGGCUCAGGCAGGCUCUGCAAAUGUCCAGGCGUUGGAGCAACCCAUCGAGGACGCAUGCUUCACAGCAGCAGUUGCAGCGUGUGCGGAGCGAAGUGGGGCCGCGGAACAGAGGCAACAGGUAACACGGACUCGCGCCGAACAGCCGAUGGUUCACAGAUGGGGUUGUGAGAUUCACUUUUCACUUCCUCUGUCUCUCCUGGAUGCGAGGGGCAAUGAACUUGAUGAGCCCUGGGUGGAAGAAGCUGCGGGUUCGGUGCGGAAACGCAGCAGCCCAACAGACGAGGCAGACAGCCACCGUAAGGGUCGUUCCCUACAUGCCGGGCGAAAAGCUUCAGAGAGGUGGUUGGACGCGUGGAUGGACAGGUUCGAGGCGACGAACGAUCAGGAAGGAGGCCGCGUAGGCGUGCGCCGCGUGUCCGCGCCUGGCAGAGAGCACGAUGACGGAGACACUUCGGAGGUCGACGACAAUGAAGCGGAACUAGAACUGUAUCGGCAAUCCGAAAAACAGUUCGCCGAAGCGAGCGGCGAGCUGCCAAGGUUCCCUGAGAGCUUGAAGAAGCACUUGGAAGACACGCUCACGGCUCCUCAAUUAGAGGAAUUGCGGCGAGAGAUGCUGCAACAUCAUCGCGACCAACAAAUGUUACUUCGUCUUCAACAAAGGCGAAAGAAAAAGGAGAUCGAGAAGACCAUACGCUCUCGCCUCCUUGCAACUCGAAGGCCUUAUCCGCUUACACUACGAAUUGACCUCGCUCCUUUCCAUCUACGUCUCAGUUCUUCACAACUCUUUGCCCUGAGGCAAAUGAUCUCUAGCGAAAAAGAGGAUGAGACAGAAGAAAUGGGAUGCAGCGGCGAGCACGGCGGCAGGAAAAACAGGGAAGGGCCUCACGGAUGGCCGAAGGCGCUCUGCGGGAGAGGGAGAUCGGGAGCUACAUCCACAGCCGACGUUAAGCUAGACAAACACGCGUCACGCGUGGUAGCAACACCCGACCUGGAAGCCAAAGACAUGCAGCCAGCACAUUCUUCUCACGACGGCUCUGAUACGAGUGUCGUCCCCAUUGCUGUAAGAGGCGACGCAUCCGAUGAAGGAGAGAAAGACGAAGGAAGAGAGUAUGACGCCGAAGAAACGCCGACAGCAGCGAACGGUGGAUUGGGCGAUAGUGAUCGCAGAGCAGGGAGUGAAGAACCACGCACACCAGGGGAACCUGAAGACAGUUCAUCAGCACCUUGUGACGAGGGCACGGCGGGGAAGUCGAUCGUAGGCGGCGGAGAUCGAGAACGAAGGGUGAAAACAGAACGAGUUGAGAGGGUGCGAGAGGCCGCGAACUUGGACAUCUGGUGUUGCACAGAAGAUGCCGGAAAACGAGGUGCGCUCCCUUGUUCGUUGGCGUCCAGUGCGUCUCACUCAGACAGUGGUAGCGCAUCUGGACUGCCCGAGACCGAGGGUGAGCGUGACAGCGGGGACAUGCGACAAAUAAAAGAAGGCGUUGCAUCGUCGGUCCCUGUCAUCAACUGUGAUGGAGACGAAGGCAGAGGAGGAGGAAGGGGUGACGAGACCAGGAGGGUACAAACAUGUGCUGCUGCAACGCCGACGAAAUCAGACACAGACGAAGGCGCCCGAGACGGUGCCGGACAACAAGACCCAGUGGAACGUCAAGGCGGCGAUAAGAGUCGGACAUGGGGGAGAUGGCUAGCCGAGCUUCUGUUGGGAAGCAGCUCCGAGGAUGAAGUGGACGCAGGCACGAGCGAUGAUGAACGAGUAGCAAACGGGUCUGGUGAGACCACCCCUUUUUUCGGAGCUGGUGCCGCGACCAAGGGCUCGGGCUCGCCUGGCGCACCAACACCGGUAGAGAUGCACGGUUCGGCAGCGUUGCGUUUUGCCGAGAAAGAAGUUGGAGGAUCAGAGUUGAAGCCGAUGGUCGGCAAGGUGGAGGGACUUGCCCUGCAUGAGCAGUUUGGAGAUGCUGGCGCAGUAUCGGGCUUCCCGGAGGCGCGAGCAGUCAAACGAGAACACGCCGAAACUCACAGUGACACGUCCGGGGAGAGCGAGAAAGAUGGGGAAGAAAUAGCAAGUGAGGGGUACGAGUCAACCCUGUCAUCAAAGGACGAACACAGUGAUGGGUCGCUAUCGUCUAGCCAUUCCGCUUUCUUCUCUGCUGAAAUGUUGUCCCUCGCCUCGGCUGACGAGUUCCCUGAUGAGGACACGAACGUCGAGGAGCGAUGCCCAGAUCACCAGGGAACCUUUCACGAUUUGACCAAGAGCGGCAAAGGCAGUUCGUCGGUUGCACGAAGGGAGAGUGAGAAGCAACAGAUGCGAGAAUGGACGAAGAACAACGUGGGCGCUUCGAAUAUCACCAAGAAUGGAACAGUACCAAGCCCUGUUCCAUUUCUAUCUCUGCUUCAGCGUUCCUGUGGUCCAGUCUUCGUUCGCGUGAAUCUCUCCUCCUUCACGAUUGCUCUCGACUUGGUGACAUUGGAUCAAGACUCCCUCGCGACGCCCUUUCCCGAAGCAACGUCUCGAGCGUGCUCGCCACCGCUGUCAGAGUUGCCGCCCGCUGCAGUCUCACCAGCGUCGUCAGUUAGCGCCUCAGUCAAGUCGUCCUCGUGUGAGGCUUCUCGUGCCAUGCCCGUGUCUGUUCCGCCUGCCUCAUGUUCUGCUUCGGCACCUUUGCAGCCAACUGCCGCGUCGUCCACACCACGACCUCCUGCAUCACCGCCUCGUUCUGAUUCCUCGACAGUUGAGUCAUUUGUUCGAGAGAAACAAGCUGCGUCUGACCAGCACGCUCUCGCAGGAGACCUGGAACGGAACGCAAGGGAAUUGACCAAGCCUAGAGUAAAUCAAAUCCUUCAGAUCGGUGUCGAUGAACUGAGCGCGACCCUGUACCUUCCCCUGCCGACGGACGGGAUUCCGGCAGUCGACUUCGAAGCUCAGGCCGUGUGGGCGAAGGAAAGAGGCCAUAUGAGAACCGGAGCCCGGCUGCGCCUUCCGCCCUAUGCCCACGUGCCUCCACGGUUAGCGAGGUGUCUGUACCGCGGCCGGCACGCGUUCCGACCCGCCACUUGCGCACGGCAAAGAACCGCAGAGACGCGGACUCGCAGGCGCGUUCAAGGGAACAAAAGGGAGAGGACAGACUCCGAAAGGAAUGAUGCAAGCUUCGCUACGCUGAGUCAGGAGGGGAUCGACCGUGAAGAAAGAAAUUCCCGAAUGGCACAGGACAAGAUUGAGGGAGAUGUGCCGCAUGGCGAUACCGAGGAAGCAGAACCUGACCACUAUUUCAUUCUGCUUGGGCGCGUGCCAGAAGAUGGCAGAUCUCCAUCCCACGGAAUCGGGUCGGCCGCCAGUGGAAUGGUCCCAACCGGAGAAGGUCGCCCGCCUACACAGGUUCGUGGAUCCGCGCAGUCUUGGCAAUCGGUCCCUUCGGCAGUCUCGGCUGAUGACUCGACUUCUGCUGAAGGGGACAGGAGAACAGCCGAAGCCGCAUCGGCGGGCGUAUCGCCCGUGCAAACAGGGCACAAGCUACGCACAUCUCCUGGAGGUACUACUGGCACAUGUUCGUCGGCCGCGAGCACUGAGGGGAUCUGGCCGUCCUCGGCUGCGUGCGAGUCUCGUGCUGCCGGUUCGCUUGUCGAAAAGGAAGAAGGGGGUACAGAGGCAUCUCACAAUAUUACUCCACCUGCUCGGGCACCUCUAGCCUCAUCAGGCAGUAGCAUUUUUGCACGCUUUUCCUCCUUCGCCUUCUCAUCCUUCUCACGACAUGGGACUCUGGCGCCUCAAGCCGAGACACAGCCGAUCGGCACUUUUUCGUCGUGCUCUGACUCUUCUACAACAGACAGAGACCAGCACGCACGAGCUGUAGACAUGCCAGGCGGAGCUCCUGCGCAUGCGGAGGUUUCCUCGAAUUCCCCCUCUUGUGUUCCUUGUCCAGCAGAAGAAAACUGCACUACCUGCUCUAACUCCACAGUAGAGCAGCAAGCUCAGUGGCGUGCGCCUGCAGUUCGCUGCUCAAUUUUACUCGUCACCGAAGAACACAUUAACUAUGCGAGGCUUCGGCUGCAGCAAAAGCCGAUAUGUGAUCGAAAGAAGGCACCUUUCGGGGACAAGUCCGAAGAAGCGUCCUCUACGCUAGCUCCUUCAGGGCGAGCCGUCAUUUCCCCCGGCUCUGCCUCGACUCCAGUCUCGUUACCGCUGCGAGAGUCUGCUACUGCUGCCUCAGCUGGCCGUUCCUCUCGCCACGGGUCGUGGUCUUGGUUCUCGCCCACCUAUCGCGUUUCCUUCGUACUAGGUGACAUCUCUGUGCGUCUGCGCCCAGUGUCUCUUUUUCCUUCCCUUUGUGCUUUUCUCGUUGCCGGGAUGGGAAGGGCGUCUUCCCUGUCGGCACGAGCACGACAACGAAUGACGGAAUCAAUGACGGUGCCACCGUGCUUUGGCAGUGGUUUCCGUCAUGAUUUUGGUUUGUGCCCCAUGGCAAAACGCUUGCCGUCCAUGCCAGAACCAGAUAAGGCGGGUAUCGGAGAGCCGAAUGGAAUGGACGAAUACCGGCAGAAGCUGGUUGCGGCCAGGCGGGAGGAAGGCCAGGAGCCUUGUGAUGUUUCGCAACGUCUGCCAGGCUCUGACGGACAGCCUGACACCACAAGUGAAGGCACGAUAGUCAAUCCUCGUCGAGACCCGCGGGAGUCUGUGACUGUGGCGAACCUCGCUGGGCAGGUGGCGAAUGUGACCCGACAGGCGACAGAUUCGAAGGAGACGGAUCGGAGAGUGAUCCAACGAAAAGCUGUUCUUUCGUCACGCCGCUCCUCACAGUCUCCAGUAUCAGGUCCAAAGUCGUCUCAGUCGUGCUCCGCAUCAACCGCUGUUGAAUUUUAUCUGCAUGUUCCUAACCUAAAUGUGGGCAUUCUGCUUCCCUCUGCCGAACCAGUUCGUUUCUGUAGAAGUCGAUUGCACUCUCUUCCUACCUCUCGCAGUUGCUCAUUAGAAUCAUGUUUAUCUUCUGAAGCUUCCUCGUCAUCCAUCGCCACCUCAGCGGAUAAUGCCCCGCCGGUCGUUGUACAGGUGAAGCCCUGUCGUGGAGGCAAAACUCAGCGGGGGUCCUUCAGAGACUGCGCUCGUCCGAUUGUUGAGAAAAGCGCCAGAGUGUCUUGGGUUUGCCUCGACGUCAAAUCCGUAAGGCUAGCGAAGCAUUCGCUGCCGCCAGACGUCGAGCAACUGCUCAUCCAGUCUCUACCGAUGCACAGUAAAGCCUUGCAUCCGUCUCUGCGUGGAUCCGCUCUCUCACCAUUUUCGAAACUCCUGGAUACCCUUAGUACCGUGUCUCACGGGAACGCUGCCUCGGGCGACCCCGGACGUCCGCCACGCCCUCCCGGCUGUCAUGCACCGGCUUGUGCAUGGUCCGGGGUGGGUGGGUCCGUUGUUGUUGAGCCGGCGGCUGUUCAAGUCCCUCCUCAAGGCACUGAAGAGAGCAAUGACUGGGAUGCAUGUUUCAGCGGGGUACCGCACGGAUUUACCACAUUCUCCCACGCUCGUGUGGUGGAUUAUAACCUUCUGUCGACGACCGGGAAUCGCCGCUGCCCCAUCACCGAAGAUGCCGGCAUAGAGAGAGGAGACACGGCAUUCGUGGACCAGGAUCAGCGCUUGCAAAACCUUGCUGACUCGACCACAGGAUUGUCCAAAAAAGCGGGCUGGAUAGCCGCCUGUAAAUCUAGAGGAGAAGAAGGCUUCACACUGACUGUCGAGCACGCUUCUGUGGAGAUCUCGAUCGACAGCCCGCGUGCGGAAACGAAACGACUGCGUAUGUGUCAGAGGUUGGCGACAGGGAGACAGAAAACGGGACAAUCGAACAAGGAGAGUAGCCAGUCACCGACCACGCUGGUCAAGGACAGAACGCUCGACAGCGAUCCACACCGUGAAGGGAAACGCGAGGGGACACGUGUCGAGACAAUUGCUAAUUCGUUCGAUGACGCGGGGGUGCAGCCGCUGCCAGCUUCAUGUUCUCUCGUCUCUUUCAAUGCCUUGGUAUUCGAGUUAAAUCAGGAGAGUGCGAGAGUCCCCCUAGGUAGAGCCACAGGACACAGAUCCACUAUGCCAACGGAUCUGCUCUCAAUGCGGUGCGGCUCUCCCGCCGUUCAUGCCCUCAAGGCGGGGAGCCGUGAAUGUCCCACGGGAGCACCGUCAGGAUCACCGGAAAGACGAGGUGUCUCUGUGGCGUGCCUCCAACCACUCCGACGCGUUCAUCCACGCCUUUCCUUGUCCCUGCCCGUUGUGCCAUCGCAUCCACAGAAUGAGCCAUCUCAUUCGUCUAAGGCAUCAGUUGCCCGGUUGUCUGAUGCGCGCGUGCACCGUGUGCCCACGUUGGCUGAGUCCACACUUCGAUCACUUGGUACCCCUGGGUCGUUGACUUCUUUAAUGCCUCAGGCUGCCACGCGCGCGUCGGUGUCGGUGCUUGUGCCUUCGGCGACCUGCCAGGCAUACAUAUCCCUUUCGUCUCUGUCGGUCGGUCUCUCGCUAACGUCGGUGCGUGCGCUCGCAGCAUCUGUUGCCGCCAUGGAUUUCGGUAUUUCGCUUUUGCUUUUGGGAGCAUCGGGGUGCCUUGUGUUCGACAAUCACAGAGGUGAACACUGUCGAAGCCCAUACGAAGAGGGAGUCGAUUGCAGAGGCGAAUUGCAAGGCGGCCCAAAUGUGCUAAAGGAGAAGGACAAAAAUCUGGAUAUGUUGCUUUGGUACUGCGUAACACCCUCAGCAUGCAUCGAUUUUGUCCGGUAUCCUUGCCGUGUCGGGAAGACCCUACGUCGGAGCACAGAAGUAGCUGGCUUGCGCACCACGCACAGACAGCCGUUCGCGUUUGCCAGCUCCUGGCAUCUCCGACAACACGUAGAGAUGACAUCAGGCAACGCCGGGGCUCCUGGCAGCGAUUUAUUUUAUUCUCCUCAAGCUAUCGAUCAUCGAUUUAUCCCUUUUUCUGCCAGCAGAGGUGCAAACGGAGCAGAGAACCUGCAAGUGUGUGUAUCCUUGGGGUAUUUCUCUUUCUCAACGCGUGCCGCCUCGUUCGCGUCUCAAGUGAUUGGAGUUCCUCCGGUCCGUUUACUCCCUGUUUCGCCAUCUCCGCAGAGGGGCCGUUCGGUUCUUCCGGAGGGAAAGGCCGAAGAAGACAUACCCGAGGAGCAUCCAGACGAGGGCGAAUCUGGGCGAGGUGUGGAGGACAGGGUGCUCGGCUACCAUUCAUCAGAGUCAGCAGACAGACGAGGGAUACACGAGAGCGAAACGCAGUACUGGAGACGGGUGCUGCUUCCACAUUGGAAAGACGAUGACCACCGAAACGACGAAGGGCAUGCAAACCUAUGUGGAGGAAAGAGCAGGACACAGCGCCUGCCGGACAAUGAACGGAUUCCUCUGUUGGAGCAGAACCCUGAUGCACAUCUAAAAGAGGAAGCAUUACCACAAUGCGUGGGGGAGGAUCGCGAAGAUGUGAUAGACAGCGAAGAAGGAGUCAAGCGACGAUCAGCUGGACUGAGCCGAAAAAUGACAAGCAGCAUACACUCAAGACUCGCGACUGAGGAUAGGAGCGGGGCGAUUAGAGAGCGACUGGCUCCAUCACCCGAGCAGACAGACGCUGUGCCCUGUUCGUCUGACUCGGGUUCCGUCUUGUCGGGCUCAACGGCUUGUAUUGUGCUCGACGCGACAGCGUGCGUGGGUACAGUACAAGCGUAUGCAGUGUCGCGUACACAGAAUGGGUCGCAGCUGAUAAAUCUGUUUGGACAUAAGAAUCAGUUGCACGUAGCCGAAGAAAUCCAACCACGUCAGAGUGAAGGUGGCGGCAAAGCGGCUGGAGACGGCGUGAUGCAUGUGACGCGCCGCGUCAGCAGGGCAUCGCGCGAACCGAGCGAGCGGUCGCCCUCGUCACCCACUGUUUCGCUCUACUUACGUGUUGCGUACUGCCCCGCUCUUCUGCCAAAGGCCACGUCCGAAGGCAUCAGUGACAUCGCCUUGAAUGCCGAGCCCGGCUUUCUCCCCUCGUCUUAUUUUUCUCUGUGGUCCUCCGCUCUAUGUGCCCGUGCUGUCGACACUGCGCGGUGCUCUGUCAUAAAGCCCGAUACAGGUUUUCGAGGGUUAGGAGACACAUUUCUCCCCGUGGAUAUCGCUGACAUCCAUGAGCGGGAAACAUGUGGAAGGGGAUUGGAUCGCGUUCCGGUGGGCGAGAGGCAGAGUAGCGUGUUUUCUCUUUUUUAUUUCUUCCAGCCGCGCUUAGACGACUCCACCACCGUACUGCUUCCUCCGCCUCCUGCCUCGGCAUCCAAACAGUGUUUUGCGCUGCCAACGGUAGCGGAUUGGCGCUGUGUCCGGGAGCCCGUUUUUUAUCUACACGUCUGCGAUCCUUCUCCGCGCAGGAGCCCACGGACCGUAUUGCCACAGAAUGAGGCAGACGCAGUGCCUGGUGUUCUCGCUGCCUCACGGGAUUCUACCCCAGCUCCACUGAACGUCGUGGUCUCCCCUGAGUGGCUUGCUGUCGUAGGACAGGCAGCGGCGCUCACGUUCUCCCUGCACUGCCCGGCACUGUCGGCGGUUUGGGGUUCGGCAUCCUCGCACUCGGAGAAUGCUUGCCGAAUCAUCAAAACUUCUAGCGUUCGAGAACCUCAGAAAUUGCAGCGACCAGGUCGCCAAGAAUGCAACAAUACUCAGGAACUGCAACGCGAAGGCAAGCGCAGGGCAGCACAUUCUGUGCCCGAGUCAUGCUCAGCGGGUAACGUUCAGGACACAAAAUUGGACGUUGGUGGUGUACCUGUAGCGUCGGUGUACUCCGGCGGCCCUGACGGCGCAAGCGGAGACAGGCUGCGUGAGCAGCCGAGUGCUAUUUCAAGGUUGGCAUGCGUCUGCUCUGAUGCGUACUCUUCUUCCGGAUGUUUUACCGAUCUUUGUCAGUCAUUCCCGUCUGUUCUCCCUCUGUUUCUUCUAGAUCAGCCGUUUGACAUCUCCAUUCCCAUCUUUCGUCUUUGGCUUUGCUCUUCAUCCAGCACGCCUGAUGCAUCACGAGACAACGCCUGCGAGUCACGAAAAACACUGAAUAGUGGGGGACGCCGCCUUUCAGUCCCACCGUCGUCAACGCAAAAUGCCUCGGAGCUGCACUUCCAGCAGGAUAACGCGCCGGUUCCUCGGCUCAGGGAAGCAGGCACCAUUUUCAACACCUCAGCGCCGGGUAGCAAGAAGCGCUUCGAUGAAGCAGCAAGCUUGGGUGUGGCUGGUACGACCUCAGAUGGCGAGUCUAGUCCGGCUUCAGGGUCACCCUCUGGCUUGCCGGUCUCAAGCGGAACGGCGUCGGAGCUGUCUCAGACCAGCGUGGUUGCGUGGGCGGAUCUACCCCGAAUAACGUGGAAGCAUUCAUGUUUGUCAUUCACUGGCAUGGCUGUGUCCUUUGCUCGAAAGGGCAAUGCGCCACGCUGCGCAUCCACGCAGUCGUUUCCGUCAGUAAAGUUGGAUUGUCUUUCAAUCAACACCCGUGUUCUCUUCCUAAGCCGAAAGAAUUCUAUCGCCUCCCUGGCUUGGCCUUUCGCCUCCGUUGCUUCUCUGGCUUCGCCAUGCUCCUGGCCGUGUGCAUCUGUGAAGGCUUCGGGAUCACAGCUUCAGAUGGCGUUUUUCCUAGAUGAUCUUGCACGGAUCUGCCAGUGCAUUCACGACACCCAGCAUGCCUUUAGUGUCAGACCUAAUGUGCUGCACGUGGAAACGGAUCUUGCAUCGCGCGCGUUGGCGUCUUUUUCUGGCCCCCGCUUAAGCUCCGCCGUGGAGGGGAAGCGUGAACUGGACCAGGUGGAUGGAUUAUCCGUGUGUUCACCAACCUGUAACAAACAACAUGGGGAGACAGAGGCAGUGAGCAACCGCACGGACAACUGUUCUACUUCAGGUACUGUGGAGGGCAGCGACUUUGCUGUCGGUAGAUCUUCUUGCCCUUCUUGUUCCACAGACACGUCAGCAGCAGCUAUUACUGGUGUGCAUGUGACAAGCAAAAGGAGCACUUGGAGGUCGAAUGACGCCCCAGGUCGACGUGGCGUCGGACCUGUACGACACUCGGGUGCGGGCAAGUAUAACGGCGCACCGCACACAAAUGCUAGGGCGGGCGGACGUCGACAGCCGAAAACACAAAGCGACAAAAAACGCAGCAAGGGAGGGCCCGACCGUUCACAAGGGAGGCUGGUAUCCCGUACCCGAGGAAGGUCGAUGACGACACAGUGGGAGGAAAGGAGACGCUCGGGUCAGAGACGCACCUCCGCAGAAUGUGAGGUAUCGUCGCGACAAACCGGUUCCUGGCUUAAACAUAUAGGCCUGGCGAUGGAAUUCUCGAUCAGCGCGGAGACCGUAUGGAGGGUUGGGGGAGCAGAGCGAGGCCCGCCAGCGGCGGUGAGUGACACAGGAGACGGCGGCGGUCACCAACGGGUCCGAAUGUAUUCGAGGCUGUCCGCCGAACGCAGUGCAGACAGCUUCAGGAACGACGACCCUUGCAAAACCGCUGUAGUAUUGGCGCUGUACCCAUUUUCUCACCACUCUUCAACUGCUUCUCCAGCUUCUGCGGCUAGCAUGAACGGCUUACGGUUGGGUGUCCCAGGCCUCUGCUUGUCCGUCUGGCGCGCUCCAUCUGACAUUCGUCACUGCGAUGCUGGAACACGUUGCCCGCUGCCACUCUCCAGCAUGUCGCCCUGGUUGGGCACACUUUUCCCGCGCUCGUGCUUUGAGAUUGAUGUUGAGCUGCAAGCUUGCUUGGACCCUGUCGUGAUAGAGUGCCUGUCGAAUGCUCACGACCUCGGCCUUUCAGCGGUGUGUUGUUUUCCGGCAUCUGCUGGCAAAAUAGAUGGGUUUUCUGAGACGAAAUCGUCUCCAUAUCACAACAGGCGAGGGCGAGAACAAGUGGCGAAUCUGAAGGGAGCUGCGUUACCAUGUCGGUUGCAUGAAACGUCGAUGGACCGUCAUACACAUGAGCUCAACGCACGCACAGAAGCAAGGCCGAUGCGGCAGAAUGACCAGGAACAGAUAGAUCGAUGCGAAAGUGAGGUACGCCAGUGCGAACAUCCUUGCGUUCGGGAACCGUGGCUUGUCUUUACCUCUACGCACCUCACCCUCUGUACGGAGAAACAGCGCGAGCGACACAGGGCCCAGGUUCCAGAAGGAGAACAGCAGAGACCGAAGGUGGAGAACAGCGGGAAGAGGCACAGAACGGUAGUGAUGGAAAGCCGCAGGUCCAAGCACGCCAUUGCUGCAGAAUUGAAUCGGUUGCUCAUCGUGCCAUUUUCGCUCUCGCUUCCACUUUUUUCUCUUGUGCCUCUGCUUGCUCGCUUCCUGGCUGCUUUUUCACCUGAAUGUGCGCCUUGUUUGUCUGCGGUUCGGACCGUCUCGGAGUCCCGCUGCCCGGCUGCUGGCGUUUCACCGUCCUCUGGUCGACCGUUCAGAGGGUCGGAAGCGACUGCAUGGGAUUCGAAAUCACGGGGGCACCAUCGUAGCAAGUCUGGGGCAGGACGGCAACAGGCAGCACCGGCGGAGAGCACCAUGAAACGCGCUGGAACGACUGGGACCACAUUUUCAGGGUGGCUGGUUCGGCUGCCUGCAGCAUCAAUAGCAAUACCGUUGAUGCUUUCGCCAUACCCUGUAGCUGGAGCGGUGUUGUCGUAUAAGGCUGGUCAAAAACGAGAGUCGAACGAAAUGACGAGGCGCGCACCAAGCCAACAAUCAAAGGAUAAUCGAGCAUCGCGCGACGCCAAGCAGAGUAAUGACAGCGGUCAAAUCCGAAAAGGACAAGGGGACGCUCGCACGAACGGUUUGCAGACAUGCCAACAGGACGGGAAUGGUCUUCCGCCUACGCGUGUCAAUUCGAACAGUCUUGUGUUCCUGCUGGGUGACUGCUGGAUUCAGUCGUCAUCCUCAACGUCCUCCACGUUCUCUGCUGCCAACCCAUCUUCAUCAACGGGAAUGACACUCUCUGUGCCUCCAGGUUCAAUGGAGGGGGAGAGCCGCCGAAGGGCCUACAUCUGCAGCGCCUCGGAUACUCGUGGAUCUGGCACUGUCGCUGCUAUUCUUCACAUGAAUGAGAAGGAAGGCGAGACGCAACGGCGCAGUACAGAAGGCGACGUGGAGACACCACGGACACUGCGAGGGAAGAUACCUAGCUCUUAUGCUGGAACUGUACCACCUUCGACGGCAUCGUCGGCAUCUCAGUCGCCUUCUGUUGCCUGUCGGAGUACCCCUUUCGCAGUGCUUAUUUCAAACCUUCCCUCCCCCUACGUGAAUUUACUGGAGCCCUGUACAAUAUCACUUUCCUGUUCCGCACGGCUUUCUCCUGUCCAGUGUGACCACCGUCCGUCUGGCCCCGUUCUUGCAUCGGGCCCUAGUGCUCCUCCUCUGUUGGGGCCAUGGCCUUCUGUGCCGCCAGCAUCGGCGGUUGUCUUCCGUGUUCCGGAGGCGUCGUGGUAUUCAUCACGAUGCCUGUUUCAUACAUUCCCGCCCGACGCGGCAGACUCACUGUUUUUUGAGAAGCCGCAACAAAAGCGGGAAAACGCAGCUGUGCGAUCCCAUUGGAAUGCGGCGUCGUCUCCCACGGAAUGCAUGGGGAAAGUAGGCGUCACUACUGAAUUACAUGUCUCUCCCAUUCGCGUCAGCUGUGAGAGUUUGCGAACAUUCCACAUCCUUCUGAUUUUCUUCUUUGUUGUCGAACAACAGCUGAUGCGGCUUCACAAGGCUGUGGAGGCGUUUCGCUCUAUACGCGAGUGUCCGCAUGACAGUACCGUGCAGCAAGCGAAUACACCGUGGACACACGGUAGACGCAGAGUGAGACGCCCACAAGAAGACGAGGCCCGAUGCUCGAGCCACCUUGCUGCCCAGCCGGCUGAAGAACGACGAUAUGUGAUGACCGUCAAAGCAAAGCGAAAACGCAGGGACGACAAUCGUGUGUGUGGAGAACUGCAUGGAGGAACCUCCUCCGGGGAGGACAGCUCCGCCACAGUGAUCCCGGCAGCACAAUCAACAUUCCGCCUCGGAAACAACAACCUCCAGGCAAAUGCUCCAGACGGAAGCUACUUCGAAGAGGACGACGAGCUUGAAGAUUGGCUAGACAACAGAGGGAGGAGCUGCAAGGAAGGAAACGGAUCACCUGGAGAACACCUCUUUAAACAAUUGUGUUGGCCGCCUUCUCAUUUCACUGUGCAACUGGACAACGUUGACAUUAUACUCCCUUCCAUUGCUUGUUUCUCUGAGUGUGUUCUGCUUGCGACCUCUCAACCAACAAAUGCGUCGUCUUCGUAUCGUGCCUCUGCGCCUAUCCAGCUUUCGCUUGGCUGUGUGACGGUGCGUCACUCGCAAACGAUGACCAGGAAUCAGGCAUCGGCCUGGUCCCUGACAGACAAUACGAAUGACCCAGACGAGAGCCGCAAGCCGAGAAACGACACGGCUCCCUGCAGAGUCUUGCGGAUGCGCGGUACAACGGACGCGAUAAGGAACAACGAGCUUGCGAAGGUCCUCUCGAGCGUGAACGUGGACAUGAUUGAGUUUUUCCUAGAGAGAGGUUCGCUAUCCGCUGGCAACGCGGGAGUUCUUGUUUUCGAUCUAGACGAAAACAACGGGGAACAAGUAGAUCAAAGCAGAAAGCAUGAGGCGGACCCUCAGGUAACAGGAAGGUUUCCGGACCAUCUUAGUCCUUCCCAUCAUAGGCAGGGCGACACGGCCGAAACGGGAAACGAAGGCCGCGAGUCCCCUCCAGCGUUCCUCAGCGUACGCGUGUCCCAUGAGCGGCCAAUGUUCCGGGCAACCAGUGGAUGCCUUGGCAACUCGGCCGGUCGUCGCGGGUUCAAGGCUGUAGAGGGGAUUGAAUCGCCAACAGCCUUCACCGUCAUCCCAGGUGAUGAAAUGCGUUCUAUUCAAGGCCACUGCUGCUCCAUACAGGGCGUCAUGAAGGUGUCUACACUUCUUAAAGGCGCGACGUCGUUUUUGCGGUUUUACCAGGCUGUACAUGAUGCCGUACGGCAGUUGCACAGCUGCCCGAUGGACGUAUACAUACACAGAGAACGAGACGACGAGACGACCGAAAUUGGAAGACAGUCAAAUAUCACGGAACACGCGCAUGCCUAUAGAUCCCCAGAACGGUCACCGAAGCCGCAGUCGGGGGUCCAGCGCCAGCGUGAGUGUAGGUGCUGCGUACGGCCCUCUAACAAGGUCACAGUUUGUGGCGUUACCCCUGUCCUCUCAGAGAGUCGAUGGCCCGCGGUACCGUCUCUGACAACGAGUUUCUCCGUCAGGCGUUGCUUCGUGAUUUUCUGCCGGAACGACGUUCCUGACCCAGGAGCCGAACACGUACGAGACGGUGCCGGCGAGGGCAAAUGCCGUUGCAUUGGUUCGAGGAGACCUCGACUGAGCCAACGGCAUCCCAUCUCCGCAUCGGCAGGUUACCGGGCAGCUGAACCACACAAGGAUGAGGCAAUUGCCCUCCUGCUUGAGGCCGUUGUCGUCGCGACGGCCCCUCAUGAGUCUCGAUCUUAUGCUUCACAGUUCGUUACCCUCUCGAGCUCUACGCGAGCACCAGUGACCCUGCUCUCACGCUCGUCAUUAUCUAGCUUGCACUCUCGUUCCGCUCGGUCGUCACUUACCGCCAAGAGAUUCGGUGGUUCCUGGUUUUCGUCCACAGUUUUCCUUUCAUCACGCCAUGAAGACCACCCAUCGUCGUCGUGUUCGGCUCCUCCCCCUUCUUCACCCCCUCCUGAGCAAGCCACAGCGCAUGGCGUUGCUACGUCGUGUGUCGAGACACCACAGCACCAGGGUGACUGUUACCUCCCUUCCGCUGCCAGUCAUCAUCCAGCGCAUAGCCCCGAUGAUAAACCCCCGUCCCCGGGACAACACGAUUCGAUUGCCGACGACAUGGUUAGGCAAACGCUUCCAGAGUAUCUUGAGUCUGUGAGCGCAUCGGAGCAAUUCUGGAAAUUGUCGGCAGAGUCCUGUGGUAUCUUUUCAUGUUGUCCUCGGCUGACGUCGCCGCGUUACAUGAUAACCACCGAACGGCGAGAGGGUGGUAAGCGUGGCACUCGCCGAAAGGCGCCUAAGGCCAAACUGACAAGGGCGUCGUUGUCCUCAGCCCGGAUGCUGCAAUCGGUGUGUGUUUCGUCUGUCCAUUCUUGCGAUCGUUUCCGGUAUCGAGAAUGUCAAUGGGCGAAGGUGCCCAUUGUGGCACCUGCUCACCUGGAGGUAACAGUUUCCUCAUAUGUGGUGCAGCGCCGCCGCAGCUGGCCGAGUUCUGCCCCUCUCCUGGGCAUUUUGACAGACGCUUGCGAUGGAAACAUUGAGAAUGACGAUGGAGGGGCGAGGGAUGUGAUAGGAGAGCAAGACAAAUCGGAAGACGAGGGAGAAAGGACAAAUUCUCCAUUGGACAUGGUGUCGUACAACGAAUUGAAUUUCGACUGUGAGAUAUCGUCCAUUAGCGUAUGGAGCAGCGCUGCAAAACUGCGGAUGGUCGUUGACAUUCUACAGAGUUUCGUUCCUCGAACUGCAGCUUGCCCUGGAAGCAAGCAAGCGAUUCAACAAACACGGGUAGCCGACGUUGGUUCGCUACCACGAGGCUCGGCCGCUCCGUCCCCUUCAUGCUCCACUCGUUCAUGUUCCUCUGCGUCCUGCUCCUCUACUGGCGCAACGUGCGGAUGCGGUGGAGAAGCAGGUAGCGAUGGCACAACAUUCGUACUCGUGCCCUACCUUCUGUUCUUACCUGAGAACUUGCUAUUAGCCUCUGCGCCUCCAACUAACAGCCCAGCGUUUGCAAGAACACUUUCCCAAGAGCGCGACCACACUUCUCAAGAGCCAAGUCAGGCACUGUCGAAGGGUCAGACGCCGUCCGUUGACGUCUCUUCAAACGGUACCGCCUUUUCCCAAACAGCCAGGGUCAGGAGUGCUCCAGAGACAACCCGCCUGCCAGGCGACGCGGCGCCCGUCGUGCGUGCCCCAGACGAAGUGUACGGGAUCAAAUUAUCUCUCCUUUCUGCUCCUGUUUCACAAGGCACCUCACCGGCAAACCCGAUGAAGAAUGAGCCAGUCGACAUCUGUCGGCGUCUUCGUUCUCUUCAGGCUCUGUGCUCCUGUUCUUCUCGUGCGCAAGCGGAGACUGCGGAGACAUGCAGUGCGCAAGAUGGCAGUGUGGAGCUCUUUGUGUGUCUCGACCAGCCAGCCGCCAUCUUGCAUGCGGAGACGUUUAUUGCCGAGAGAGAGUCGAAGUGGGGACAAAGGGUAAACACCUUGCCAAGUCGAAGUUCCCACACGAUCGGGAAGUCGGCGACGGACGACAGCGGAAUUCAAGAACGUUCUUGUUUUUGUGGCAACCAAUGUCGAUGUGUGAAUGCCUGCGGGCGCCGGAUGUCCUUUUUUACCAUGGAACAUGGCAAUUCCUCUAGGCGACAAGCAUCUGACAAUGCCACGGGACAGAGGCCAUUAGGAAGUCAAGAAUGCUGGGAGGCGGACUGCGAAUCUGGUGUGCCCCUACGCGGGGUCUUCACGGACGACCACAAGGAAGAACAGGCAGACCCCUCUGUUUGGUCUUUACCACCAGACCACGCUUUGGUGCCGUGGCAUCUGUCGCACGUUGAGGCACUUGACGAGCUUCGUCAGGAGUUUGUUUCUGUUUUGGAUUGUUCCAGUUUUCCACCAUCUCCGCAAGGGUACACCUGUGCUGGUCUGCCAUUGCCGGCGUCCUCCUACACGCAUAACAAUGUUCUUUUCCUUUCUCGGCGACUUCGUGUGCGUCUCUCCCAGAGAGCGUACUCCACUUCGUCACAACGUUUAUCGGCUUCCGCAACCUCCUCGUCGGCAUCGUGUUUGUUGCCUCCAGCCAUUGGCUGUUGUUUUGUGCUCCGGCUGUGGGCCGCAGUACCUCUACGGUCGUCUCUCUACUGUACGUCUGUCCUUGUGCGUUCGGGUCAUGCGUCCUUGAAAUGGCCAUACGAUGCUGGCACGUCGCUGUCGUCGUUUCCAGUCUCCGUAUCUCCGUGUCAUUCUUCCUCUCUGCCUCCACCUGCCUACACGGAAGAGCCCCUCAUUGAACUGACUGCUAGAGAUGCCAUCAUCGCGUUUUCUCAUGCCUCCGGAGAGACGUCGAUAGGCUCGCGUUCUCCAAACCACAGCCACUCAUCUCCACUCUCACCCUCCUCCUCCCAUUACUCUUCGUUCACGUGUCUGUCUCCGCGUCAUGUUCCAACGGCAAUAACGCCGGUGUGCGCGCCAUACGCCAAGUACAUGGAGCCGUGGCGGAGAGAUGGUGCGGGCCUCAAGUUGCGAGUGAGCCUCGCGGGUGUCGCUGCCCACGUGUUUGAGGCCCGCACACUUCUGCCGCUUGUCGUCCUGCGCCCGUGUUCACUGGUGGAGCUUGUCUACUGGGCGAACGCAAAGAACAGCGAAACUAAUGUUAUUGCACGUUAUAUCCGAAAGGAACUGAAGCGCGCUUCGCAUACGCAAAACCGCGACCCGAUCAUUGAGGAAGCCGGAGAAUAUGAACGGCUCCGGUCUUGCUUAUCAGCGUCGCCUCCGUCAUCUUGCGGCUCCUGUGGCGCGUUAGAGAAGACGCCGGUUAUAGAAACUGGCAGCUCGGCAUUCCCUGUGUGUUUGGACGAGAUUCUUGUUCUGCCCAUGUCACUGCGGGAUGAGGGGCUAGCUCUCUCAGGAGUGAAGCUGAAUGUGCCUGGCAGAGUCGAGUUGAUUUUGGAUCCGUACCGCCUCUCCCGGACCCUUCAGGCCGCGUGGAUGAUAUAUUCCGCGGUCACCGCGCUUGCUGAGCCUCCUCCUACAAGUGGCUCCGUUGUUCCUCUCGCUGCGUCGAUUACUCAGGCUGACCCUGGAACAUCAGAGGAUCCCAAACAGAUAGAACCUCGGCAUGAAGGGAUGCAACCUUCCUCCGCAGUUUUGCCUGCAGACAGAUGUGAAGCAGUGGACGCAAUGGAGACUGAGACAGGAGCGCAGAGGGGGACGCGACAAAGCGACCACACUGCGUCAGACUCAGUAGGAGGGACGAAAUGCAGCGGAACAUCGAUACAUCGCCAAGCUAACGGUAACAGAGGGCUGGAAGCUAGUGGAAAGGAGAAGGGAACAAACUCAUGCAAACAGCGCAGUUCGAAAUUCCUUCAGCGGGAUUAUCCUCUUUCUCCUCGUCUUCCUUUGAUAAUUCAUAAUCUUCUGCCGAUUGAGGUCGCUAUCCGGCAGGCCGUUUUCCCUCGUCCCGUGUCUUCUACACGGUCUCAGUCCUCAAGCACACCAAACUCCGUGCCGCUCCUCGUCGAGGCAGGAAGCUUCGGUUGCCCCAUCUGGUCGCCCCCUACUGUCUCGGUUUUCUCUGAGGCCGAGCCGCAAGUGCAUCAGAGCAACUCUGCAAAUGAAAGAGAAACGAGGUGUCCUGGUCAACAAGCAGGCGCUCUCCCACUUCCUGUCGCUCUGCAACAUAUAGGAUUUCAAAUUGCAUCGGCAAGCGUCUCUGACAAAGCAUGUACGGAUGCAGCUCCAGGGGAAGCAGAGGUGUGGACACGGCCGGUUGCACCGGAUAGGAUCCUCAAAUCACGAACAGGUUCUGUUGCUUGGGUCCGGCGCGAGCUCUGCUCUCUGGUCGGUUCGGCGUUCCAUUCUGCUUCGUCGUUUGGUGGCGACAAGGCGGGGCGACACAAAGCGGGUCAGGAAAGCUUAGGCGGUCAGAUAGAAGAAGAGGAAGGGACCAGUGGCUCUGGGGGGCCACGAGCUGGAAGUCUACAACCCCCGCGGUGUGAAAACGGAAAGGCCGAGAAUCUGGCUGGGGGAGACGUGGCGUCGACUGACACGCAAAUCACCUACAGAAAAAGGAACAUGCCCGUGAUAUCCGAUCAGAUAGACACCAGGGCAGGUGGGAGAGAUGAUGGGUUGCCGUACUGUUGCCAGCGUCCACUAGGCUUCGGUUACCCGAUCUUUCUUCAUCUGGUUCGUGUCAAUCCCCUCCAAAUCAAAUGUACCAUUUAUCCGCCUCUUAUGCUUCAUUCUGGCGUCUCCAACCUGCUGUUCAGCUGUUGUCUAAGGCCGCUGUGGAACAGACAAGAGGAGGGGAGCGAGCGCAGUGCGAGUCACGAAGAGGAGGAAAGACGAGACGCGGUGAGAAUCAAAGCGACAGUGAAAGAGACAGUUAAUCAGCGCGGUGGCCUUCUGCCUCCUGUGAUAUUUGCGCCUGUGCAUCAUGGGGAAGAGAAGGAGGGAGACGACGAAGACGAAGGCAACGCUGAUGCAGGAGGUGAGACAACAAGUCUACCGUAUACACUCAAUAUUGAAAGCCCACCUGGAACGGAUGAGACCGACGCGAGCGCCUUACCUUCCGGCUUUCCACCUGGAUGCCUCGCCCUCACCCCCAAAUGUUCGUGGGCCAGCAUCAUGAUACCGGCGGUGCCCGUAGAUUCGCCUUCCUCGUACAUGUCGUCUUCUUCUCAUUGUCCUCCUUCGCGGCAUGUUUCAAUAGACGUGGCUCUCAGUCUUCUGGCGGCCCCCUCAAACGACCCUCUGCCUGUUGGCUGCAAAUCGCGAUGUCGCGUCCACUCUGCGGAAGGCGACGAACAGGCUUCGAUGGUCGUGAACGAGACAACGGUUCAGACACAAAAUCGUACGGGUCGUAAUGAACGACCAGUCUCUGGCUUUUGUACUUUCUCAAAGGAAAUCCUUCUCGUAUUGAAUGAAGGUGAAUCGACCGCGGAUAUCGCAUCCACCGAUACGGCUCGCCCACGGGCGUCUUGGUGGCGAAGGCAAUUGACCGCCGAGUCCAAAGGACGGAAAGCCGAAGGACACGGGUGCUCUUCAGGUCCCUGCCAGUUCGUCCCUUUUCGUUGUGGGCACUUAGACGUACCGGUCUGGCGUGGUCCUACUUCGUGUUCUGCAUGCUGGGUAGACAAGAAUAAACUUGCUGGAGAAUCAGCGAAGGGCAAUACGGACGACGGUGUACACUCAGCGUGUGCCCGAAGACCGACGUGCGGGACAGAGGCAGGGAGAAGAAACAUUGCCGUGUACUGUUCCGUCCACGAUUUGGAAGAGUUCCUACCUCUAUCGGAACACAGCGUCAGCUGGCAGAGAGAGACAACCAGUGAGGCGAAGAGGUCUCAAAGUCCUCUGAAAUUGUCGACACAUCACUGGCCGGGUGCGGCUUGCUUUCCUCGCGUCGUCUUCAUUUCCCCCGGUCUACAGGUCGUGAACGCUUCUGACUGUGACCUCUGUUGUGUCAUCGAAGGCUUCGGAGGCACAACACUUCUUAGGCCUUGGGAAACAAAUGAGGUCGACAUCCCCCUGGAAGACACACCCGAUGAAGAAGGUUCUUCACGUAGUCUACGCUUCUUUCUGUUCGAGCCCUCCCCGCAUCCCAUGUCGCCGUAUACUUCCUUCGCUACUACAAGCUCUUUUGCGUCGUUUUCUUACACGUCUGAUCGAGAAGGUGGGAGGCCCCCGGUGAGUGCGGCUUUGCUCGAAUGCGAAUCUACAGCCGGUUCGCUCAGACCAUUCGACCGUCCUUCGCCGUGCGGCGGGUCGCAGGCAUCACUGUCCGCGUCCUCGUGUUCCUUUUCGCCUUAUUCGAUUGCUGCGGCAAACCGGUAUGCGGCCAGCACUGACAUUCCACAGACGCGUUCAUCAGCAUUAUUUUUCCAGACAUCAGAAAUCUUAUCUUUCAAUACAACAGCUUCUCCUUCUUCAUCGCCCUCUCGCUGGUCUUCUUCUCAAUCUUCUGCCGGCCAACUGAAACGACACACCGAGCAGAUGGAGGAGGAAGCUUCUUGCGCCAAACCCGCUCCGGUUUCGUUGCGUGAUUCUCUAUCGUCGAACAAGCCGCGAAGAUAUCAGCUGCUAUGCAGGUCCGUGUUCUGUUCGUCAUCUCUGCGCCCGCUUCGCUGCUAUCUCAGUGCGCCGUGGAUCAUUCGCAAUUUUUCCCCCCUCGGCCUUGCUCUGCGUGGCGUUUCUGGGUUCACUCUCUUUAUCCCUCCAUCGUUCGCCCCAGCAUCUUCAUCUUGCUCUCAGCAUUUCUUCUUGGGCGCAAUGGAAGGCAAGAAGAAAGGAAUGCAGGAGGCCGGACCGUGCGAAACGUGCACACGCAAAAAGGCUCUUGUAGAGGAACAUCCGCCCUCAUCCGUGCUGCUGCCCCAGCCCUCGUCCUCGUGUGCAGUUGUGUACUCUACAGAAUUGAGCUGCAUGCAAGGUGAUCCGAAUCUUCCUCUUACAGCCUUCUUUGGUGUUUCUCUGCCUCGCUUUCCACUCGCUGGCUGUCUGCCAUCGUCUCUUCCGGAGUCUUUACCUCCACAGUGCCAGCAAGCAGAGGUGGAACUAGACGGGAGUCAGGCAGCAGGUCCGGAGCACUCGGACGUUCCCCUCGCACCUUCGCCUGAAGCAGCGGCGUAUUGCUGGAGUCAAGGCAAGCCACAGAUGGAGCAACCACCAGAAGACAAUGUGCUGAAUCGGGUGACACCAGCAAAUGAUUAUGGAACGGUUCAGCGUCCGCCGACUGCCGUCAAGCUGAAGGCAGCGGAAGCGUCGGUCUUCUGGACGCAGACGCUCCAAAUCUGUGCAGUUCGAGAAACUACUCGAGUGACUGUUCCGCUCUUGUCCUCGUCUGGCUGUACCCACGGCGGGACGAGUGAACAGCCGCCACUGUUCUGCAACCAUCCCGAGUAUCACCGGUGUCAAGAAACUGUGAGGGGCUCUCCCGAUACUCAAUCAGUCUCCACGUACUCGUUAUGCUCUCCAUCAUGUGAGAGGCGAUGCGUCGCGUCCCUUCCGUGUGCAUCUUUUCUAGUCCAUGUACGCCAUCUUUCUCCAUCUUACGAAGCCUGUCACCCGGUUGUUGUUGUGGACAUCUGCCCGCCUGUCCGUUUUCGCAACGGGACCCCGUACACCCUUGGCAUCGCUUUAGGCGGCAGUGGGGCGUUGACCCCAAGUCAAGAAGUUAAGAAUGGAUUGGGCCACCUAGGAGCGUCCACGUCACAUCUGGUGCCCUCAACACCAUUGUCCAGCGAGCAACGCCAGAGCUUACUAGGAAACGGGGGCGACGGAGAGAGGCGCGAACAGCCGUUGUGCUCCGCUGAUUUUGGAUCGGCAACGUCUCGAGCGCAACCAGCUACUGUUAUUGUGGACCCUCGUGCGCUUGCCACAUAUCACGCCAUCGCUUGCUCAGCUUCCCCUCAGAGUCUGGUGUUUUCAGAGCCGACGUUUCGUCCCUCAAUUGACGCGGAUCCCACCACUACGAGGACGCCGAGUCGCGACCAUCUUCAGACGAUUGGACAGGAGGCUUUCCGCUGCACUCUUGGACCAGGCUUGUCUGUUUGCCCACCCGCCGGCACGGCAUCAGCUGCCUUGUCUCUACGUUCGUCGCGAGAGGGAACAAAAGAAGAGAAAGCGUUCGGAGUACAGAGGAGAAGCGAGGACGGGGUUGCGAUCUGCAUUUUUCCGUUUGCAGCGGCAGCCAUCAUGCACAGCCUAGGUGUACGUCUUUGUGGCCACAAAGGGCAGCUUCCGGUUCUUCGAGACAUCGUUGCCUCUGGCGCGAACCGACGAGCUGCGGUUCCAGUUGAUGGUGAACGAUGGUCACCCUCGUUCUGGUCGACUGGCUCGGAUGUGCGUCCGUCUCCCUUGUCCCCUCUUUUCCAUUCGGGCGUGCAAGAGGCACAGGCGGAGGAUGACUGGGAUCGCCUGUUUGCCGAUGUCCCUUUGCAACUGCAUGUUGCAGAUCUAACAGGCUCUUUGCUUUCUCCAGACUCUUCGGUUGCCGGCACUGAAUUCAUGCAUGAUGGCACCAAAAUGCAAAAGCAGUCGUCACUUCGACGUGCGGCUUCACUCCAUCUUGCGGAUUCCGGAAAAACGUGUCAUUCUGUUGCCCGCGGUUUGCUUCCCUCGUCCCUUUCUUCUGCUGGCACACCUCAUUCGUCCCUCCCUUGCGCUUUCUCCUCUUCUUCACGAAUCGUCACGCGAUCGAUUUCGGCUGCUUCGCAUUGCCCUUCGUCGUAUAAUCUCUCUCCGUUGGCUUCAGCGAAUGCAACAGGUAGAGGUGGUGGAGAGGACGUCAGUUGUUUGCGAGCUGCGCACAUCCGUCUGCCUCUUCUGUGGACGCCGAGUGUCUCGCUACGCUUUCGGGAAGGUCUGGGCUUAGGUGGUGUGCCUUGGCCCAGAGCGGACAGCGCACAAGAAAAAAGCGACGGAGCUGGGCCGAAGAAUACGCAACCAAUUUGGGUUGCCGGCGGGUGUGUUCGAGAUGCCCUCCUCCUCGUUAGACGGUCGUGGCUCUGUUCGUAUUCAGCCUCUUCGUUUCCGGCCUCUCGUCCGUUUGAAGGCGCACCAGUUAACAUGAAUCUUCUUCCUGCUCUGUGGGAAGCAACGCUCCCAUUUCAGACGCAGGUGAAUCAUCCAUCAUGCACAGAGCUUAUCAGUUUUAGUUUUGGUUUGCUCCGUACAUCUGGGGAAAUUCUCAUCGACGUCUUUUCUUCCCCAUCACCUUCUCCAGUCACGGUUAUCAACCGCACGCCGUUUCGUCUAGCUCUCUCCUCUCUCCUUGUCUGGCAAAGGGGGCGAGUCUCGAAGGAUACUUUGUUUUCCCGGUCUCUCGAACGCCUGGGAAGUAAAGUGCAGAAGAGGCACAGCAGCGACGGAAGCAGACGCAUACGGCGAGAAGACGACGAAGGAGAAGGGGGCAAUUUCUCGAGGACGUUCUACAGUGCAGGAGAACACCGGAAGGCGUCACAGUCUGCACUUCUCCCCAGCGUACCUGUGCUGGAGAUCCCUAUUCCUCCCGGUGAGCAAGCAAAACUCCCCUGCUCCACGCUCCGCUCAUUUCGCAUUUUUGAUGACUCUAGCAAUACCGAAACGUUUCCGCCUGGCGACGUGCAAAACCCGGGUAACCCGAAGGAGCCAGUUGGCCUCGACUUAGAUGCGUUCAAGAAGGAAAGCGAGACAAACGCUCCAUGCAUUCCACGAAAGCGAAAUGCUGAGGAGCCAAGGGCAGAGCCCACGGCGGCACCGGAUUGCUGCACUACUUCGAAUAGUAAUAGCGUGUCUCACGCUUCAUUGGAGGAGCGGCUGGCGCAUGAGUUCGCGCGUCCACCGUGCGGUGCAAGCGAUAUAAGCGGAGACGAGUCCAGCACCGACGAUGCUGCGAGCCACAUCGGAGGACGGACAGAAGCACUCACGAUUGGAGGUUGUUGUCAGGACUCCCGCGAGGCUGGGCAGCUUUCGCGCGGCGCGUGUAACGCACGCUCGGGCUUGCAGAGCACUAUAGGUCUCCGAAUAUGUGCGAUUGUGGACCGAGAGUCGUUCCCGUCAUCUGAGGCGCCAUCAUCGUAUGUAUCCAGACCUUCUAGUUCCUGCUCAACCAAUGAGGGUUUUAUGUCUCAGCUCUCGUCCACACUUCCUCCUUUACUUCACGGAUCGUCUUCCGUUAUUGGAUUCUGGUCUCCGUUUCUCCCGCUCUGCUCUUCCUCUACGCAACGCUUCCUUGUUUCCACUCUUCCUGAUGCAUUUCUUUCUUUUCUCCACACCUUCCUCCAGCGGUAUCAGGCUAGGCCGAUUGUAUCCUCUCCGUACUUGCCGGUGUCGUCGUCUACGUCAGACGUCGUGUCAGCGGUCUGUCCGCCCCUGACAAACUCGUGUUCCUACUUAUCUCAAACGGAUUUAAGAAAACGAUCCCUAUCGCCACCUCGCGCUUCAGCAUCUUCAUUCCCAUCUAUGUCUCGGCAGUCGCAAGGUGGUCAUAAGCAGCAGCGAUGCCAACUUCUGAAGAGCAUGAAGGGAAUAGGUUCGCGAUCGCUGUUGCUCCCGCCCCAGCUGCUGCCCUACCUCGACAUGGCUCCUUCAGAGGAAGAGUCAUUAGGCGGUUGUAUAAUUGUCAGAACGGAGUACACCGGUACAAAUACAUGCCUAAUAUGCGAUUUCGUUACUCUCCCAGCACCGCUCGUUUGGCAAGCCGCGAUGCACCCUACCUCGACGUUUUCGUCUCUCAAAGGUCCCGUGUCAACUUCGACACCAUCACCACUGUUGUUCCCCUCCUAUCGCCAUCAUAUCCCUUCUCUAAUUCUCGCGACCGGCAAUGCCAGAACACGGUCACCGAAUGCAAGGAAUGCAGUGCGGGAGGAGGGAGGCGAAGUCGGGUCUGCGAGUUUCCCUGAAAGACAGGAGAAAAACGAAAGCCGGCAAGUGUCUAAGGUUUCCUCUGGGGUGCAGUCGUUGGUGGGAAUGUCAUUUGACACUGAAUCUGCUACGGGAGCACCGACCCUUGAGGUGUUCCUUCUUAACGUUAUUCGUUCCUGGGAAGAUGCUGUGAAGCGCAUUGUAACCAGAGAGACGCUGGCUUCAUUACUUCGCCAGGGAGGGCCGCGAGCAAGCGAGAUGAAAAAGGGCCGUGGCCCCCAGGCUCCACGAACAAGGCCGGACUCAGGAGAAAGAGUAGGGAACGAGGGAGACGAGGAAGAAAAGGAGAUGCGGCGACAGGGAAGAGAAGGGAACAACAGCACUUUCUGCACCUCGAAGGAAUUUUCAGUUGCUCUGCUUUCACAUUACAUCGAGCGUUCGCACAGUAGCUGGAAGCGUCAGUUCCAGUGCGAGAUAUCGAUUUGCGAACUGGUGGGACAUUUUCUUCUUGUGACAUCAUCAUCGGAGGUGGUGGUUAAUAAGAAGGGAGAGGGAGAUGUCACCGUUGACAGCUGGCGUGUGGGAAAAAACGUCUCGGUUAUCCACCUCACCAAUUUGUUUUAUGCGACUUGGACUUGCGAGCGUUUCUCUUUCUGGCCUUCGUUGUGGUCGCGAGCCCAACGCAUUAGUCACUUCGCCUCUCUCUCGUCUCUAGGCGUUCAAAUCUUCGCCGCCUCUACGACCGGGGAGCUCACCGAUCCACGGUCGUCCUCUUUUUUUCGGCAAGUGCUCUCAUCCCCUGCCCUUGCACUGUUUGUUGCAUUCCGCAGUGCGUCUGAGUCGAUCGGCUUGUUUAAUGGGGAACAAGAAGGUCAGAGCGGAAAGACCUCCGAUGUUUCGCCGACUUGCCUAGGCAUGACUGUUCGUCUUCGCGUAGGCGAGAGACAGACGGCGUGGAGAGAAACAAAACGAGGAGAAAAAGACAUGACUGAACAACAGCCGGCUGGCCUAAUCGUCGUCAGAGUAGAUGAUCACCUUCUGCGCCUUCUUAUGUCAUAUACAAAAAGGCUGCGCCCUCUUCUGCGUGUCGAUGUGUCCAGUUUUUGGUGCUCCAAAUACUCUUUAUCUGUGAAGGAGGCCACUCACACCACGGCUGCAAAUCUACCUUCGUGCUGUUAUGCCUCUUGCCCUUUUCAUUCUCUUAAUGCAUUACCUCGUUCGCUCUCCUACGGCAAUGCGUUCUGCAUUGUUCGAUCUCCGCACACAUUUCGCUCAUCUUGGAAGCGUGCGUUGAUUGGGCGGCAGCUGAGUAUGGAUCACAAUGAAUCGUUCCUUUCCUCUUUCUGGGUCGUCCCUACUGAUCUUCACUCUCUUCCUGCUGCCUUCGCUUCGUCGCCGCGACCGUCUCUCUCUGCCUCUUCUUCUGUCUUCGAUUUACUAGUCGCCCACUCUAUUUAUGUAUCGUGCAUCCCUCUAGAAGUGUCUGGGCGCUUGACCUCGGCCGUAUACAUUUCGUUUUCUUCGCUUUCUCUUGAUUUGCCUCGCCUCUCUCUGCGUCGGGCCGUGGCUCCACCAUCCGUCGUGAUUCAGGAGUUGUUGGCACACUACAGUGCUCUCAUACUGCUUCGUCUUCCUUCCCUCUUUACAUCCCUUCAUCUCCUGGGGAAUCCGAAAGAGGCAGCAAGACGCGUCAGAGAAGCUUUCGCGUGUAUCAUUGGCCGGCUUCGUUACUCCCCAGCGGAUUCUCGUGAGCCUCAACUUGGCGCGUUGGGUGCCGCAGAAAAAUUUUGCCUGCACGCCCUAGGUGUGGGAUUAUCUACUAUAGGCGCUUUUGCGGAUGCUGUGCGUCAUAAUCUCCCCCAGAGGACAGUGGACAAAGAGAAGGACUUCCUAGGUGUCGAAGACGUUUCAGACAAUGAGAGCCAUUUUGCGUUCCCUCCUUCUGGCAGCGAUCCGUUCAUACCACGGCGUCAACCAACAGUGAGGAUAGCUAGCCGAAUGGGCAUGGUGAACCUCGGUACCCACGAAGACACGGGCGAUGAAACAGAUGGACAGUGCAGGUGGCCUGCGAUAAUGCGUCAUUCGGACGCCAUCGAACUAGAAAAGAGGGGACCAGAAGGAAACAAAAGAUGGAAGGAUUUGAUUAAAGCAGGGAGCGCCAAAAUGGUGCACCUCGCCACUCGGCCAUUAGGCACUUUUCUAGGAGCAGUUUCGACUUUGUCUCAUGCGUGCACGCCUGAACUGUUGAAUGCCUCAGAAGAACGGCAACACUCUGUUCACUGUCAAAGAUGUAUAGGAGCCGUUCAUUCUCUCUUCGACAGUGUCGACGUCGGUUAGACAUCUCCAUCCCUGCUGGUCGUGCAGUUUCAGCUUCUUCUUCAAGAGUAAGCCUCAGUGUGGCGCCGGGACAGCCAUCAGCAUGAAGAUUGGAAUCCCGCCGAAGACCAAGAAAUCAGAACUGAAGGAAACAAGCAACGACCGACGGGCGAGGCGACUUUGGGAUAACAGUUGCGUGGUACAGAGAGGAAAGGGGAACAGACGAAAGGAGUAAACCGGUUGAGAUGGCGCCUGCACAUUUCUAGACGAGACCGGACGAGGUACAUGACUUUCUGUUGUACCAGUGACCCACAGUUGUGUUAUGACUAU